AGCCCCCCCCCCCGCCCCCGGUAACCCCCCCCCCCCCGCGCUGCCCGUCGCCCCGCGACCCCGGUAACCGCCCGUGGGGGGGGAGCCCCCAUGGCGCGGCGGCGGCUGGAGCGGGCCCUGCUGGAGCCGCGCGGCAGGGAGCGGGAGGAGGCGGCCCGGGGCCCCGCACAGCUCCGCAUCCGGCACCAGCUGCCGCUGAGCAGCGACCCACACGGGAUCUACAGCCUCCGCUUCGCGCCGGCCGGGCGCUGCCUGGCAGCCGGGUUCGGCAACGGGGCCGUGCAGAUUGUGAACGUGGCCACAGCCUCCCUGCACUCGUCCCUUUUCCGAGGACACCGUACGCGCCACGCGAUCACUGCCUUGGCCUACCACCCGGGCAGACCCAGCCUGCUCCUGGCUGUGGGGGCUGAUGGCAUCAUCUCUCUCUACAGCAUGGACUCAGAGACACUGCUGGCAACAGUGACAGCCCUUGCUGGUUGCUCUCCCCAUGUCUGUCCCACCCCAGAGAAGGAGAAUGAGAUCAAUGCCAUGGAUUUCUGCAUGGACGGCAGCACCUAUGCCACAGCUGGCAAGGACCGACAUAUUCGGCUCUAUGACAGCCACACCAACCAGCUGUCCCACAUUCUGCAGGCUCCUGACUUCAUGACUGGUGAUGUGACACCAAACAGUGGGCACUCGCGCCGCAUCUUUGCCCUCCGUUUUCACCCUGGAGAGCGCCAUAUGUUCCUGACAGCUGGCUGGGAUGACUGUGUGAAGAUCUGGGACAAGCGGAUGGCAAAGGAGGCUCAGAGAGUGAUCAAUGGGCCUCACAUCUGUGGCCCAGGCCUCGACAUCCAGGGUAACUGCGUGCUCACUGGCUCCUGGGUGCCCCACAAUGCACUUCAGCUCUGGGAUCUACGGACAUCCCAACUGCAGAAGAACCUCCCCUUUCCUGGGGGCCCCACGCAGGGCCAGUUCCUCUACGCAGCCCGGUUCUGUGACCAGGACGUAGUGGUGGCUGGGGGCAGCGGCACCAGUGGAGCCAGCGCCAUCCACACUGGCACUAACCAGGUGCUCGGCGAGAUCCUGCUGCCCAACAAACCGGUGCAGGCUGUGGCAGUAGCACCCGGUGGGCGGGUGGUGGCUGUGGCUGGCGUGGGAGGGAAUCUCCACAUCGCAGACCUGCACUGAGCCCCAGCAGAGAGGGGGUGAGAAGGGGACAAACCUGGGAGUCACAAUCCCCCCCAUCUACAGCUCCUCUGAUCUAUGGCUCUCCCACAUGAUUCUGCCCCGCCAGGACUAUGGCCCUCUGUGAUGUCUGGGAACACAGGCCCCCCAGACCCUCCUUCCCAACUCCCCUGCACCCCUCUGUGAGACCUGGAGCAUCCAGACCCCUGGGCACCUGCUGGCAUCUAAUAAACUUCCUGCACCUGAAGAGGUGACUCGUGGGGUCUGUGAAUACGAAGGCCUGGCCCA